AUAAGGUUAGUAACUGCCCAACUGCUACAUCAAAUUUGUAUGUUUUCUUGGCUCAUUUAAGCCAAUUGUGAUCCAUUAAUGCAGGCAAUUAUGUGUUCUGACCUUUCAAAGGCUUGAGACUUGAGGUGCAAUCUUCAGCUUCAAACAUAAGCAGGCUACAUGAGAUUUGAUGAAUCAGAGAUUAAGCUAGUUAUAUUAACAAUUACUUUUGAAAGCAGAAAAACCCUUCUAGAGUGCUGAUCAUGAAAAAAUCAGUAUUUUUGAAGAACCAUGUUACGUUUGUAUUGUGAGGCUGUACUAGGCAGUUUUUCAUGACAAAAUAAUCUCUUUUGGAUAUCUUUUAUGCCUAUAACAAACUUAUCCUGAGCUUGGAAACAGAAGUCUAUGAUGCAACUAGGGAGAAUCAGUUUAUGAAAAAUCAGUUUAUUCAUUGUUUCUUAGAUGAAAGAUCUCAAGUAUUGUAAUUUAGAAUUGAAAAUUAAGAACUGAUACAAGAAUUGUUAUUUGCUGAGGAUAAAAAUUACAUGAGCACCCUUUUAUUUUAAUUGCUGUAUAGGGCUGUCAAGCAGGAAUAGAAUAAAACAAAAUAUUUGCACUGUAAAUUGCAAGCUGCUUUAAUAAUUUGUGUUAUGAAUUGAAAAAUAUGUACUUUUACUUUGAUUUUUCUUUUUAAAAUAUUUUCCCUCGACUUUUCAUUUUAUUUCAGGGAUGCACAAACUCUGGGGCCCAAAGAUUACAACUUGUUUUUAAGUAGUGUGCUUAGGGCAGCACUUCAAAAACUGAACAGGACCAAGGCAUUGAUAAAGGCAAAUAAAAUUGCAAUAUAAUUAAAUGAUGUUACUUUCCAUGUAUUUUAUGACAGAGUCUGUCUAUUUAAUUUUGCAGCAGCUAGCUCUCCAGAGCUAAGCACAAGUACCUACAAUAUAGUUACUUAUUCUGAGGAGAAAUCUGGGUCUUGCCUUACAUACCAGUCAGGCUUUUCAGUAGUGGAAUAUUGACACACCUAUGUCAUUCAGCUUUUAACUUAACAAUACCUGUGAUGAGUGUUCCAUACAUGCACUUAGUUCUCUUUCCCCUUUCCCACAAAAAUUGUGCCCCAUGUAUUAAACAGUGUUUACACUGGAGAAGCUAAGGCAGUUAAAGUUUUAAAAUUCCUGUGAAGAAAAGAAAACAACUCUGAGCAUUGACAUUACAACCCAAAAGAAAUCCCAUAUCACAAGUAUUAUAUUUUGAAAGUAAAUUUGUAUCACACUUAAUGUAAAUUUUUCUCAGAAUUGACUUGAUUUUCUUAUAAAAUUGCUAUAGUUUUCACUAUACUGUAGUGAAGAGAUUGCUGUGUUUCUCUGGGAAUUGUGAUGCACUUAGAAUAGUAAAUAAUCUAAACCUUUGUAUUAGUUUUAGGAAAAAAUCACAGCUAUCCUAUGCUGAGAGUUAUGUAAAUUGCAAUUGGUAUUGUACGAAUUAUUAUAAGAUAAUUGUUCAGUAGCAAUUGAAGACAGUUCUAUCUGUCUUCAGAAGACCUAUCAUUUAUGUAUCAUAGAACCCCAAAUGCUUCAUAUAAUACAAAAUAUUUGUGCUUCUGUCAGCGGUGUUGUAUGCAGGAAUACUUGGGCGUCAUCUGAUUCUUUAUCAAUUAAAGCAUUUGCAUUACUUUGCUUGGAGGGGAAAAAAGAAAAAUUUGAACUAUUCUGGCAUGGUCAUGUAGAUUGGGCAAAGUGAUCUUUUAGACAUUGCAUUGAAAUUACAGUUUCAAACAUCCCUCGUUAUUGAUAUGAAUUAUAAAAGUCAUAAGAACAAUGUCCAGAGAUCUUCAAUUCAUUGUAUAUUUAAUAGACUACCAUAAAUGACCUUUAUAUUAAAUUAUAAAUGUUGCAACUUGUAAUUUUAUUUCAAAUUACUCCAAAAACGUAUGUUGGUAUGCAAAUUCAAUAAAGCAGUAUAACUUCCAAAAUGCCAUCAUUUAGCCACAUUAAUGCCGGUACUGAGUUUUACGUUAAGCUUGCUCUAACUUUUCUUCUAUUUGUAUUUUGAUUUAUUAGAAGGAUGGGGUGAUAAAACAAGUUGAGAAAUAACUAGAGUACAGAUAACUAAACUCAGGGAACUUUCCAAAGCCAAGAAACAUUCAGAAUUGUCAAUUACAUAAAGCUGAAAGGGGAAUACUGUGAUCUAUCCUCUAAUACUCUAUCCUCAAAGCUACUGAUCAUAAAGCAGUGAGUUGAUUUUGCAAAAAAGCUGGUAGGCUAGGUGUGGUUAGUACAUGAUAAGUUACCAGAAAUCUCAGACCCGAAGGCUCAACUAGAAAAUAAAUAGAAAAUUACCAGAUGAUUGCAUUGGCAAAUAAAUCAUCAAACAAACUACAUUGACAUGUCCAUGUCAGUAGCACUGGAGCUUUUCUUAAAAAAUUGAAUAUUGGAUACAGCAGGAUACAAUUUACAGAGUAGGUUGAGUUACUUGGGUUAGGGAAAAAUUCCUUUAAAUAUUUCUCUGUAAAGAUUGGAUCCCUUAAGUUGAUGGAUGCUAAAUUUCUUAGGUAUGUCUUAAGAAGCCUGCAGAUGUAGAUAAGUCAGUAAAGUCAGUAACACAAAAGUCCAAGGUUUUUGUUUAAAGAAGUCUAUAUCAGCCUUUCAUUUUCAGAUCAUGUUUCUAUUUUGCUUUCUAUCCCAACUUCCAACUAUUUCAGAGCAAAUGGCUAGUGCUUUUUUCUUAGAACAAGGGUACAUUCAUGAUUAGUCUUUCUACACAGUUUUAUUGCUACUGUGUUUUCAGAGUAUUUUCAUAUCUAUCAGCAACACCGCACUUGUGUUUUCCAGGCUGCUACUUAUCAAUAAAUUCUCAGUUUAGUUAAGAAGGGUUUUUUAAAAAUUGGAAUAUUUCUGCUUAAACAUGGAAUUUAUCUAGGUGACUUUUAGAUGUAUUUGAUACAAUUCCUGUCGUGUUUGUUCACUGGAUGUAUUGAUUGAGGAGAUUGUAGGGAUUUUUGUGCCACUGCAGCUAGAACAAUGUCAUAAUGUGGAGACCCUCCACAAGUUGAGAAAGAAAGGCAUAAAAAUGAAAUUUUCAUUGUCAGUUAUAAUUGAUCAACAGUAGUAUUAUGCACAAGCAGAAUCAAUGUUAUCAUUCUGUAAUAAAAGAUUUAUUGUGCAUAAGGAUACAUAGCAUAAUGCAUACUUUUUGUAAUCUGGCAUAAUUGUCAUGAAUGCCAAAGUUGUUUAUCUAAGCUAUUAACAGAGAGCAUUAUUUUGUGUGUGUGCAUUUGAAGUCUGCUUUGUGUUGUGUUCUGUACACAGGAAGAAUCUUUCUAUAAAUACUGUACUCGAGUAUGAAAGGCCACAUUCUGGAAGUAAGUUUUUAAAAAUCAAGGAAGCAAGAACUCCGGAACUAGAAAAAUGAAAACUUCCCUCUUAUUCUUUUUUUAAAAACCUUAUUGUUUUCAGCCAAGAAUUGUUAUAGCCCUUUAAACUUUCAAAAAGAAAAAGAACAUUUUCCAAAUCUAAAUUAUCUAGGUGUGGUUUGCAAUUGUUGCUUUCCAUUGAAGGCAGAAAUAGAAAGCAAACUGAAAAAUUAGAUGGCUGAGGAUGCUGUCUGAAGCAGUUUAAAGGAUUCAAGCAGGAUGAUUUGAGCAGUCAGAACAAAGAGUGAUGGACUGUACUUGACUUAAAUCUGUGCUACAAUUAGUUGUUUUUCCUUGCAAUAAUUACUGUGAAUGAACAUUAAGGUGACCUAUAUCUUUCAUUUUUCCCAAUAACACAAAAUUCAGAUGUUGCUCUCUUUUUUUACAUUACAAGCAAUGCAUGCAGUAUUGCUCAGGAGCCUUUAUCCUCCUCUAAGUGAUGAAACUGGGGGAUUGGGAACUAUGAACACAGGACCUCUCUGUUUUUUAAAGGUCUGCAUCUUUAAACCAACUGCACAGUCCCAAGAAGAAAUACAGAGUUGCAGACAGAUGCAGUAUUCAUUGAUUACACAAAAGCCUUCGACUGUGUUAACCAUGAUAAGCUUUGGAACUGCCUCAACUGGAAUAUCACACCACAUUCAGCCCCAGUCAUUGUACUCUGAUCAGGAAGCUGCUGUAGAAAUGGAAUAUGAGGACACAAAAUGAUUCAGAAUUGGAAAAGGCACUUGACAAGGUUGAAUCUUGUCAUCUAUCUUAUUCAAUAUGUACACACCAAUAGUUAUGAGAAAUGCACAUUCAGAGAAUCUACCAUUGGGGUUGAAAUCAAUGAUAUGAAUAUCAACAACCUCCAAUAUCAGAUGAUACAACAUUGCUCGCGGAAAGCAAGGACGAUCUGGAGUGGCUAAUCCUGAGAAUCAAAGAUGAAAGUGAAAAAUUUAGACUGCACCUUAACAUCAAGAAAACAAAGUUAAUGACAACUGCAGAGAACAUGCAGGUCAGAAUGCAGAUUAGUGAGACCAUCAAAAAGGUAAAGAAAUUCAUCUUCCUGGGCUCUAAAAUCGACCAAACUGGUGUCUGCAGCCCUGAGAUCAGAAGGCAUGUAGCAAUUGGAAGAACUGCAAUGUCUGGCAUGAAUAACUACUGAAAGACUAAAGACAUCAGUCUCACAACCAAAUGCAGAUUAGUCAACGCAAUUAUUUUUCCAAUUACUACUUGUGGCUGCAAAAUCUGGACUCUAAAAAAGGCAGAUAGGAGAAGGGUGAACACCUUUGAACUUUUGUGCUAGAGGCGACUAUUUUACACAUCCUUGUUUUGUUUUGUUUAUUAUUACAAUGGAACCAAAUUUAAUUAUUCCAACACAUUCAUAUAAAAUUUGAAGCUGAUCUGCAGUAUCCUUAAGUUUAAACACAAUAUUUGAUUACACUUGCAAAGAGAAACAAUGAACAAUGUCAUUUCUGUAACUUAGUAGAAAGUGACACAGCGCUGUGUAAGUUAUUUUGCUAAUGUUAUCUGCUAUGUUUAGUACACUGAAUGUGCUUAGCUUAGUUGAUACCUUGCAACAGUCUGCCCAAAUCUUAAGCAUCAGUUUAUCAAAAUGCAGCUACUUUACAUGGAAAUUCUGAGAAAGUUUAAUUCUUUAAAAAAGUCCGAUCUUUUGUAUAGGAUAUUUUUUUAAAAAAGAAAUAAGAAUUAUUAGGAUUUGUUUUGUUUCCUUAUUCAGGUAUAUCUUAACCUGCUAAUUUUUCACUGAAUUGUUAUGUAAAAUUGUUCCUAGCAUGUAAAGUAGUCACCCUGCUUUAAUAUGAUUAAUUUUUGUGUGCUUAUUUUAAGGGAUUUUAGACCAUGAUUUUUUUUUUCAAUAAUAAGCAGUAGUAGAACAAUAAAGGCUUCACAAAAAUACCAUAAUCAUAGCAUGGGACAUUAAAAACUUUGACAAAUGAAGUUGAAAUCAGGAGUAAUAAAACAUUAAAUAAUAGCAGCAGUAGUUAAAUCACCUAUUUCUGCAUAAUCAAAUACAGACUGGGAUGGAAACUAUUCAGACUUUGGAAACUUGAUAUGCAUUUUAAGAUCAUUUUCAUAUUUUAUUUGAAUCCAUUUGGAAGUAUAAGUUUUCUUACAUUUGAAAAAAUAGCUUUCCGCAUUAUAAAAAGAUAUGGGUAUGCUUUUGAUUUAGGAUAUGUGCCCGAAAGUAAUUCUAUUAUAUUAGGAACAACUAUACAAGUAGGACUAAAAUAUUCUCUUUCAUAGCCAAUCAUCAGCAAAAUAGUUGCCUCUAUAAAGUCAUAAGAGGCAGCUUCUCUUGUGUAUGAAUAUGAAUUCUUCUGAAUCCAUAGGGCCAUCUACUUUGUGAUAUAGCAUAGAAAGUACCAAUUACUAUAGAAGCACAAGCAUUUGGCCCAUGUUAAAAUAAUUCAUCUGAAUAUUAACAUUAGGCUGAAGCAGUUCCAUGUUCAGGUUGUGCUUUGAUACUCAUUAGAAUAUUGAAAUGAGGAUUCCUGGACCAAUUCCACAUCCUGGUGACAUUGUUCAGUUUACAUCGAAAACAAUUGAGAAACAGUCAUUGCAAAUGUUCUGAAUACAAAAUUGUGUUUUAGAGCAGACUAGAUGAAGGAAACAUCUUAAAACAGCUGCACAGACCAUUUCUUUGUUUCCAAACAUAACUCAAAUAUGACAAUAGAGAAAAAGAGAAAAUGUGUGAAAGAGAAUGUAGAGGAGAUGCAUGUAAAAAUAAUUGCAGCAAAAAAUGAGGACUAAGAUACUAAGCAUGUAUUUAAUGUAAAAUCACUUAAUGGGUUUCUUUUCAUUUCAGGCACAAAUUCCCCAGAGGAAAAAAAUAUUCCAAGUAAUCAAAGUAAACAUUUUCCUAGCAAAAAAUCUGCAAUUCACCUUGUAUGAGUUAUAUGCUGCCUACUAACCCAGAAAAAAACCUGGAACAGAAUUUGCAAGCAAGGAAAACAAAAAAGUUGGAGUUGAAUUUGGAGGAUCUGGGCCUGGAAAUGCCUCAGCCCAGUGUGAGUGGAAUGGAUCCUCCAUUUGGAGAUGCCUUUCAAAGCCACAUGUUUUCGGAACAGAGACUGAUCAGCACAGAUCUCUUGGCUAAUAAUUCUGACCCAGAUUUCAUGUAUGAAUUGGACAGAGGAAUGGAUUGCCAACAGAGUUCCAGGGACAAUCUGCUUUCUGUGGAGGACUGUAAAGAAUUUGAGAACUUAGAGACUCUUACUGACAUUCUGGAUACUGAAAUGUCUUUCCCUGCUAAUUGGGAUCAGUGGGAUACUUACUGUGAAGAUUUAACAAAGUAUACAAAAUUAACCAGCUCUGACAUUUGGGGAACAAAAGAGGUGGACUAUUUGGGUCUUGAUGAUUUUUCAAGCCCGUAUCAAGAUGAAGAGGUAAUAAGUAAAACUCCAACUCUGGCUCAGCUCAACAGUGAGGACUCUCAGCCUGUCUCAGAUCCACUAUGCUAUUCAGAGUUGCUGUUCAAUGCAAAACAAACCCAAUUAACGUCUCUGCCAACCAAGAAAAUUACAAGAGCAGCCACCCCAGUUUGUUCAUCAAAAACUGCUCAGGCUGAAGCACCUUUAUCUGAGUUUGCUCACAAAGCAAGCAAGGCGAAUUCAAGCACACAAAUCAUGGUUAAGACCAAUAUGUACAAUAAUGAGAAAGCGAAUAUUCACAUUGAAUGUAAGGAUUAUGUUAAAAAGGCAAAAGUGAAGAUAAAUCCAAUGCACCAGAACAGGUCCGCUCUGAGCCAGGCAAAUGCUGAUGCUGCAAAAGAAAACACCUGCUACUGUGGAGUUGUAGCAAAGAGACAAGAGCAAAAAGGAAUUGACCCCCUUCAGAAUCACAGUGCUCCUGUAUUGCCUUUCAAAGAGACUCAGGCUCUGCUCCUCACGCCACCCCAGGAAGCUCCAGGACUUAUUGCUGAGAAGAGCAACCUCUCUGCUAGCACCUCGGUGUCAGAUCCUUCACAGAAAAAAGAAGAGCAUAAUUAUUCUCUUUUUGUCAGUGAUGGCUCAGCUGAUCAUGCAGGCACAGCCGAUCCUGAUGAGGAUGAAGAUGAUGAGGAAGAGGUGGAAGAUGAAGAUCACGAUGAAGGCUUUGGAAGUGAGCACGAACUAUCUGAAAACGAUGACGAGGAGGAUUAUGAGGACGAUAAGGAUGAUGACAUCAGUGAUACAUUUUCUGAACCAGGUUUUGAAAAUGAUUCUGUAGAAGAUUUGAAAGAAAUGACUGCAAUAUCUUGUCGAAAAAGAGGCAAGCGGAGAUACUUCUGGGAAUAUAGUGAACAAUUGACGCCAUCACAGCAGGAGAGAAUGUUAAGGCCUUCUGAGUGGAAUCGAGAAACCUUACCAAGCAACAUGUAUCAGAAGAACGGAUUACAUCAUGGAAAAUAUGCUGUUAAAAAGUCACGAAGGACUGAUGUAGAAGAUCUGACACCUAACCCUAAAAAACUGCUACAAAUUGGAAAUGAACUUAGGAAACUGAAUAAAGUAAUUAGCGAUUUGACCCCUGUCAGUGAACUUCCCUUAACAGCAAGACCAAGAUCAAGGAAAGAAAAAAAUAAACUUGCCUCUAGGGCUUGCCGACUGAAAAAGAAAGCUCAGUAUGAAGCCAACAAAGUUAAACUUUGGGGACUCAAUACUGAAUAUGAUAACUUACUGUUUGUGAUCAAUUCUAUCAAACAAGAAAUUGUGAACAGAGUGCAGAGUCCUAAAGAUGAGAGAGUAACAAAUAUGAGUCAGAAGCUUGAUGUACUUAUUAAAGACACCCUUGGUCAGCCGGUAUCUGGACAAACUUCAGAAUUUGUGAACCAGGUUUUAGAAAAAACAGCAGAAGGAGAUCCUACAGGAGGACUUGUUGGGCUGAGAAUACCAACAUCAAAAAUUUAACAGACAUAAUUUUAUCCCAUCACACUGAUCAGAGCUCUGCCUGCAUCAUGAACUACUACAUUGUAGAAUUAAUUCUGGUCUGCAUGUGAGUUUAGUGCUGUAUAAAACAGUUUAAGUUCCAUUAUUUUUUUUUAUUUUUUUUAUAACAAUGUAGUAAGUUAAGUGAAAGCAUGAUAUAAAAUGCUUAAUGGCAUUUUGGAGCAUAAACCUUGUAGAUCUAAAUCUGCUUCUGGCAUAAAUGUAAUGGCUACAUGUUUAUUUUAAAAUUAAGUUUAUCUAGGACCAGAUUAUAUAACUUAUGUAGAAGCAAAAUGUUUUUUGCAAAGAAAAAAAUUAGUAAAAUGCCAAACAUUUUGGCAGGUUUAUGCUCUUAAGUUUAAAAAAAUGUAAACUCAAUGAUUUUUUUUUCAAAAAUUGUUGCUUUUUUUCUUUUAAAUUAAACAAUAAGUUUUCUUUGUAACCUAACUUGUAAAUAGCACACUUAGCAAUAAAGCUAGUGUGCCAUAUAAAAAAACAUAUAAUUUUCUGAGCUUGAUACGGUAUU